AUGACUGGUGAAAAAUCCAAUGUGGCUAACCUUAGUUCCUUCCGGGGGGUCGACCUGGACGCGCUCCUCGACAUGUCCACGGACGAGCUCGUCAAGCUCUUCACCGCCCGGGCUCGCAGAAGGUUCCAGAGAGGUCUCAAGAGGAAGCCCAUGGCCCUGAUUAAGAAGCUGCGCAAAGCGAAAAGGGAGGCUCCCCCUGGUGAGAAACCCGAACCAGUCAGAACUCACCUGCGCAAUAUGAUCAUUGUUCCAGAGAUGAUUGGAAGCAUUAUUGGAGUCUACAAUGGUAAAACCUUUAACCAAGUGGAAAUAAAGCCUGAGAUGAUUGGACAUUACCUGGCCGAAUUCUCCAUCAGUUACAAGCCUGUCAAGAAUGGUAGACCAGGUAUCGGUGCCACCCAUUCAUCGAGGUUCAUUCCUCUCAAGUAAAAUCGACGGGGCAACUUGAGAGGUCUUUGUUG